AUGACGAGGGAGUUUAGUGGCAGUUGUGAUUUGAGGCAAGGCUUGGCCUCGCUGCCAGAUACAGCUCCUGCGGCGGUCUUGACCGGUGGCUACGGUGAUCCAUACACAGUGACAAGGACUCGGAUUUCGCACCCGGGACCAAAAGAGGCUCUUGUCCAGCUGGCAUACACCGGUGUGUGCCACGGAGAUGUAUAUGUACGAGAUGGUGGUGGCCCGGCGCCAAAGGUCCCGAUUCGGCCAUUGAUCGGAGGCCACGAGGGUGUUGGAACCAUUGUCGCCAUGGGCACGGUAGGCAUGGAUGGGUUCACGAUUGGGGACGUGGUUGGAAUUGCCCGGAGAAGUCAUGUUUGUGGCGCCUGUGACGCGUGUAUGCACGGUGAAGAGAACCACUGUUUCAAUCAGCAAGUCACUGGGUCUCAUCGAGAUGGAACAUUUCAGAGAUAUGUCUCCUUCCCAACUUCCCAGCUGAUCCCAAUCCCCGCCAAAAUCGCUUUGCCUAGUGUCUGUCCCAUCCUCUGCGCUGGCGUCACCGUCCAUACCUCGCUGUGGCUGAUGAAACCACAGCCGUCAAAAUGGUGCAUUAUAGUCGGUGCUGCCGGUGGUCUGGGUCACCUAGGCAUCAAGUAUGCCAAGGCCAUGGAUUUGAAGGUGCUGGCGAUUGACGGAAACGGGGCUGAAAAAGAAACAUUCUGCAAAAAGAUAGGCGCUGAUGCUUUUGUCGACUUCGGUCGAGAGGACUUGGUGGAGACCGUGGUCGCUCAGACAGACGGUGGUGCAGACUAUAUUCUGGUUCUGAGUCCUCAUCAGUCGUCUUAUGAUACAGCUGGACAAUACGCAAGCUUCGGAGCACAAAUUAUGGCGGUUGGAAUUGGAAAUGCGCAGUAA